AUGCGACGCGCGCGCGCGAUCGACCACGCGAGACGCGCGCUCGGCGCGCUCGUGAACGCGCACGAGCGACGCGCGGUGCGCUCGCGUCACGUCUUCGCGGGGACGAACGGCGCGACGACACGAUGGAUGGAUGUCGUCGCGAAUCGCGCGAUCGCGAAUCGCGCGAUCGCGUCGGGCGGGCGAACGCGUUCGCGCGAGGCGCGAUGGACGUCCACGACGACGGAAACGCUCGUGUGCGUGCCGUCGAUGGGUGAUUCGAUCACGGAGGGAACGGUGAGCGCGGUGAUGAAAUCGGUGGGGGACGACGUCGCGACGGAUGAAGUCGUGGCGCAAAUCGAGACGGACAAGGUGACGGUGGACGUGCGGGCGCCGAGCGCGGGGAACGUCGCGAGGGUGGACGCGAAGACGGGUGAUACCGUGCGCGUGGGGCAGGUGGUCAUGGCGUUCGUCCCGGGUGCGGGAGGUAAUGGGAAGAAGACGGCGAGGGGAGGGUCGGCGAAGACGGCGGCGAGCGCGCCGAGCGCCGAGCCGGUGGGCGUGGAAGUGCCUUCGAUGGGCGACUCCAUCACCGAGGGAAGCGUCGCCGCGUUGCUCGUCAAGGCGGGGCAACGGGUCGCCAUGGAUGAAAUUAUCGCGCAGAUUGAAACGGAUAAGGUGACGAUCGACGUUCGCGCGUCGACGAGCGGGACGGUGACGGAGGUUUUGACCAAGGAGGGCGAGACGGUGUCCGUCGGUCAAAAGGUGGCGACGCUCGCGCCGGGGCCGGGACCGGAGGCGCGCGCCGAGACCAAGGCGGAGGUGAAGGCCGAAGCGCCCGCGGCGAAGGCGGCGAAGGGGCCCAAGGCUGUGGAGGCCCCGAAAGCGGCGGCGACGCCCGCACCCGCGCCCAAGGCGGCGGGAUCGCGAUCCGAGACGCGGGUGCCGAUGUCGCGUCUGCGCCUGCGCGUCGCCGAGCGCUUGAAGAGCUCUCAAAACACGUACGCUAUGCUCACGACGUUCAACGAGAUCGACAUGACGAACGUGAUGAACAUGCGCGCCGAAUACAAGGACUCGUUCUUAGAGAAGCACGGUGUCAAGUUGGGUUUCAUGAGCACGUUUGUCUCCGCCGCGGCCAAGGCGCUUCAGGAGGAGCCAUCCGUGAACGCCGUCAUCGACGGCGACGAAAUCGUGUACAGAAACUACGUUGAUAUAUCGGUCGCCGUGAGCGCGCCGAGAGGACUCGUGGUGCCGGUGCUGAGGAACUGCGAGAGCAUGACUUUUGCCGACGUCGAGGCCUCAAUCGCAACGUACGGCAAAAAGGCAAAGGACGGCACGCUCUCCAUUGACGAAAUGGCGGGCGGUACCUUUACCAUCUCCAACGGCGGCGUGUUCGGAUCCCUCACCGGGACGCCAAUCAUCAACCCUCCACAAAGUGCGAUUCUCGGCAUGCACUCCAUCGUGUGGAGACCGGUGUGCGUCGGUCCCGAGCGAACCAUCGCGGCGCGACCGAUGAUGAACGUUGCGCUGACGUACGACCACCGCCUCGUCGACGGCCGCGAAGCCGUGACAUUUUUGAAGUCCAUCAAGGAGUCGGUGGAAGACCCUCGUAGAAUGCUGCUCAAACUUUAG